AUGCUGUCUCCAUGUGCCUCGAUGCUGCAGCUCACGCGCCAAUGCACAUGUGCAGCUGAUACUGAAUCUGAUUCAGAUAAUGACAGUGAUACGAGUAACUCUAGCGUCUUCAGCAGUGGCCGUAACACUACAGCAUCAGCAUCUGAAACAAAGGCAAAUUUGACUAAUGAUGCCAAUCUCGUCUUCUCAAAUCCAUGGACGACGUCGGUUUCACUAAAUGAGCUAGCACAAAAUAUGCAGGACCCGCUUAAAUCUUCGCAAGCGCUACACAACGUUGAGGCACUGCGUCAAGCGUCAUCGCUCGACAAUCUUUUUUGCAAGUGUUACGACAUCGACACAGUGCUCACGACCGUGCAAAAACGAGAGCGAGGUCAAUUCUCGCCUUUGCAAAAGCUUUUGCUCGAGCCGGAGUCCAUAAGACAGGUGUUUACCUACGCUACGUCGUCCAGUGCUGGUCUUAGCAAAAAUGGGAGCAAUGCCGAGCCAUCAAAUAAAUAUCGACGAGCGUACGUGGCCACGGAGAUAAUUUUAAAAUUCUAUUUGAAAGCAAUGGCCUGGUACGGAGAGCCAAAACGAGAUCACAAUGGGGCUCAACACUGUGAUUCUGAGCCGAUUUCAAAGCUGGAACAGUCACGUUUCGACACGAAAGGACUGGCUUUGAAAAUACCACCAACGAAUUUACCGACAAUGACGAACUUUUGCAGCAAUGCGUCAACAAGGAAAGUGGCGAGAAUACAGCGUCUGCGUGCAGGUUUGAGAUUUGAGAGUUCAGACAGCAGUCUCUCGGACUUUAGCUCAAACGAAGAUGACGAUGAUCAAAUGUCGGAGGAUCCCGCGACCCGCGGGUAUUUACUGCGGCUUGAGGAUUUGACGUCAGAGGAGUGGAAAAGUAUCUUUGGAGGUUUGUUUGACUUUUUGUGGCAAAAGGCGAAGAGUGAUGGGCAACAAGAUAGUGAGCACCAGGACUUGGAUGUUGAAGUACAAAUUGAUGAGGUCUUGGUCGUCAACAUGUGUCGCAUUGUGAAGACUUUUGUCGCGUUUCCAGCAGUGCAUAAGCUUCUAUGUGAUGAAAGCGAGUGCGAAAACAAAGGUCUGGUGUUACGCCUUAUACUCCAUGCUUACAAUCCGGAUAUUGCAUCAUUGCUACACGGCUUGAUUCAUCUUUGUGUCCGUCGAAAUUUUCCGAUAUCUCAGAUUAUUCGGUGCCUUGUCGAACAGAUUGUGGAAAAUGUGCCGAUUCGACUUGCCCGAUCUUCCUCUUCCGUUUCUUCAACAUCGACAGUAUCGUCCACAUCAUCCACAUCUCCACGAUCUUCAUUUGGUGAGUUAUCAACUGAGUCUCCGUCUGCAGCUUUUUUUUCUAAGCCUGCUAUUCCAUCAUUGUUUACAUCAAGCACGUGGUCAAUAGCUCAUGCACGAAUCAGUGGAUGUGCAGAGAUUUUGACAAAGAUCUUGAAAGAUGAAUAUCCGAAUACUUUUCGUUAUCUUGAUCACUCAAAAGUUCAAUUGGCAUCUUUUGAGAGUGUGAAAGCUUUUGAAAACGAGCUUUUUCCUCCAAAAAAGGCACAUAUCGACCCUAUGAUGCACCACAAGCUAAAGUAUGCAGUGAUGACAGCCUUGACAGAAAACUCGACCAAACUCACUCGACUCGCUGAGCUUGGGGUAGCAGAGCUCCGAUUUCUCGACGUGCAUCGCGUAGACAUGGCAUGUAUUCCUCAAGUGCUUGUAAUUGAUAUUUUGAGUCAUGCUCUCGAGGUUUCUCGGUAUAAUGCAGAGCUAUUGGAUGCGUUCGUCGUACCAGUUGAUCUCAUUUUGGGUACUAUUUGCACGUUAAUAAACUAUCAUCAGCAUUUGUCGACAAUCUCCGAGUUCGCUGCUCGUGACUGCUUCAGUGAUAGCGACUCGGAUGUUGAAAGCUCAGAAAUAAUCGAAGACUCUGAUUUCGCGAUUAACAAACAGCGUCCGACAGAGUCGUUAAAACGAUUUGCUUCACGAAGUUCGCUGAGCAUGAGAUUUUUCUCUCCCGCUCUCAGUUUUUCACCUACGUCGGGAAAAGCAACAGUGAAUUAUCGACCACUAUCAUCUACGUUGCUUGUGGUGCAUGUUGUGGAUUUGUUAGAUGCUGUUAUACUGAUGGCAAAGGACGUUUUUGACUAUCGUUUAUCACGAUUAGAUCUUGCAACAUCUUUGCUGGACAUUUUUGAUAAGUUUCCCUCAGCCAGCAUCCUACACUGUCGACUUGUCAAACUCUAUCUCAACCUUUUGAAUCGACCAUCUACUAAUGGUCAUGUAAACAACCCUCUCCUUCGAAGUGUCUUUCGUUCUCCUAAUUCAAUACUGGAGUUUAUGCUGCGUAAGUUGGACAUAAACAGCACCAGUCAUACCUAUGAUGCCCAUUUAGCGAUCAUUGGAGUUAAAAUUGCAAAGAUCUGCAGCUCCCCAACCCUUCAGCAGGAAUUAAUUUGCCAGUUUUGCAACAAUAUCAAAGGGUGGAAUGAUUUUGCAGCAGCACUUGUUGCUACUCACCAUCAGCAAAUGGACGCACUUGGUGAUUCCCUACUUGGCUUACAACUUGGCAAUGGUAAGACUCGCAAAGGAAUUUCACGUACACGCUUCACAGAUGAUGAUAACAUAGACACGGAAGUUGUACUCGCUCGGGCGUCAUCUUCAGCGAGUGAAUAUCUAUCGCGUGAUUUAGAGCCGUUUCGACGGCUACCUAUGGAAUCAGAAGGUAUUGGAUCAUCUCAGAACCUGGCACGAGGGAGCGAGGUAGUGCAUCCAAGUGAUAUGUUUCAGAGUCGAUCACAAAGCAAGUAUCCCAAAUCAAUUCUUGACAUUCUACAGGCCGAACAGCUCAACUCAUUUGAUAUCGAUGAGGACCAUGCUUUUAUUGCUGGUUAUGCUUAUCAAAAGCGCUCGAAGUGGGUUAAGGUGCACUUGAAAUUUGAGAAGUCUACAUGUCACUUGACGGUGCAAGACGCUGCAACGCAAACUUCUCGGCCCCUUAAAAUUGGUGCGAGCAAAGCAAUGACUCCAUCAAUUUUGAAGCAAUUUUUGAUGACACACACUCAAGUUUGGACGUCACGGCCAAAAACGUUGGUUGUAUGUAAUGCUCGAAACUGGAUUGCUUUUGGUCGAAGUGUGAAAAGGCCCGAUCGAGGUGCCUUUGGUUUCCAAGUUGAGGUCUUUGACGGUCAUCGAGAAGAAGACGAAACUUUAACUUUUGUUACUUGUUCCAAAGCUAAUCAGAUAAAGUGGUUUGACACUAUGCAAAAUGCUGUCAAUAGGACACGGACAUCUCGAUCCAGUUUUAGUCAAAUUGACGUAGCAGCCAAUACGACAUUAGUUGAGUGCGUAUCGAAAUGUCGCGGUGGGCCUUAUUCGGUGAUUCCGGAUGUAAAUCUUUUGAGUCCAGUGACGUCUGCAAGCUUUUUCUUAAGGUCGGAAGUGCCCGAAGAAAUGCCGUUUUGGGGGACGUACCAUGGCGAAUUGGGCAUUGUAAAGUACGUCACAUUAUUUAAACAGUGCCUGCGUGUUGUCUCGGUCAAAGAGAAGAAUAUUCAAGCGAUAAAUUACUCUGUCAUUGUGGAGUUCGACGCAACUUUUCAAAGAGCUGACGAAAGUGUUGCUCUUGAUGAUGUGAACCCUCCUUCUGUCGCGUGUGCGUGUACUGACACAUACUUGAUCAGCGGUUGUGAAAUAAUUGGUUUGACCCGUACGAUUGCUGAUUCUGAAAAAUUGAUGGAGAUUUUAUGUAAUGAAUAG